GGCAUUAACGUAAUUUAAUUCUCACAAACGGUGCCUUUUCUGCACUCUUCCCCCCCUGGCCGUCUAAGCCCUCCCUGUCUCCUCCUCUCCUCCCUCUUCCUCACUCGCACAGCACGAGAGACAAGGCAAAUGGGCCGCUCCAACAACACACGAAGUAACAAUUUGUUACGCUCUAAAUCCUAACACUCGCAUAAAAGAGAAGAAGAAGAAGAAGAAGAAGAAGAAGAAGAAUGUCACGAUCAGGCGAAUGCUGUCGAAGCUCGGAGGUGCCCGCGUGGCUGAAAUCCCUGCCGGCGGCGCCGGAGUACCACCCGAGCCGCGCGGAGUUCCGCGACCCGAUCGCGUACAUCCUGAAGAUCGAGGCGGAGGCCUCCUCCUACGGCAUCUGCAAGAUCGUCCCUCCCCUCCCGGCUCCUCCCCGGAAGACUGCCCUCGCCAACUUCGACCGCUCCUUCGCCGCCCGCUGCCCGCCCUCCGACACCCCCACCCCCACCUGCGCCCGCCAGCAGCAGCUCGGCCUCUCCCUCCCGCCGCCGCCGCCCCCGCCCCGCAGAAGCCCGUCGGCAGAGCCCCGACGCUUCACCCUCCGCCAGUUCGCCUCCAAGGCCGACCACUUCCGCCGCUCCUUCCUCGCCAAAUCGCCCCCCUCCCCCGACAUCGACGCCCUCUUCUGGAACUCCGCCGCCGCCGGCCGCCCCUUCUCCGUCGACUACGCCAACGACAUCCCCGGCUCCGGCUUCUCCCCGCUCCCCCGGCGCCGCCCCCACUCCGACCCCGCCACCGUCGCCGACACCCCCUGGAACAUGCGCGGGGUCUCGCGCGCCCCCGGCUCCCUGCUCCGGUUCAUGCGGGAGGAGAUCCCCGGGGUCACCUCCCCCAUGAUCUACGUCGCCAUGAUGUUCAGCUGGUUCGCCUGGCACGUCGAGGACCACGAGCUCCACAGCCUCAACUACCUCCACACCGGCGCCCCCAAGACCUGGUAUGGCGUGCCCAGGGACGCCGCCCUCGCCUUCGAGGAGGCCGUGCGCGAGCACGGCUACGCCGGGGAGGUCAAUCCCCUCGUUACUUUCGCUAUCCUGGGCGAGAAGACGACCGUCAUGUCCCCUGAAGUACUCGUAGCUUCGGGAAUCCCAUGCUGCAGAUUGGUGCAAAAUGCAGGGGAGUUUGUCGUCACUUUCCCAGGAGCUUAUCACUCCGGUUUCAGUCAUGGAUUCAAUUGUGCAGAAGCAGCUAAUAUCGCGACUCCUGGCUGGUUGAAAGUGGCGAAGGAGGCGGCAAUCCGAAGGGCAUCAAUCAAUUAUCCUCCCAUGGUCUCCCAUUAUCAGUUGCUCUAUGCGCUUGCCCUAUCCUUGUUUUCAAGGGUGCCCUUCUGUGGAGGGAAUGAGCCACGAAGCUGUAGACUAAGAGAUAAGAUGAAAGGAGAAGGAGAAGAGAUGAUCAAGAAUGAAUUUGUUCGAAGUGUUAUUCAAAACAACAACUUGCUUAGCACUCUUCUAAAUGAUGGAUCUUCUUGUGUUAUUCUUCCGCAAAAUGUGCCAGAUAGUCUUUUAUGUUCAAAUUCACAUGCCAGAUCUCAAAUAAAGAUUAAACCUAGACUGUCACAAGGUUUAAACAGCCGUGAAGAAGCAUUGGAAGCCUCAAGACUUUUACCUUCUGAUGAUUUCAAGCAAGGUUAUAACAUGGGGAUCAGAGAUUUUGGCGGUUUUUGUUCGGUCAAAGGAAAUUCUCUAUCCGUUUCUAAUGGAAAGAAAAUUUUAUCGGCAACUUAUGGUAAAUUUGGUAGUGCUGAUUUGUGCUCUUCCUCAUCGGACUCGCAGAACAUGGAAUGCGAUAAAGAAGGCACCUGCCAAGGUGAUGGGCUAUUGGAUCAAGGACUAUUAUCAUGUGUCACUUGCGGAAUUUUAAGCUUUUCAUGUGUAGCUGUGAUUCAACCAAGAGAAGAAGCAGCAAAGUACCUCAUGUCUACAGACUGUAGUUUUCUUAAUAAUCAUUUUAAUGGAGCCGGUGAAGUUGGUGGAAUAGAUAAUGACAGGGACACGUGGAUAACUGAUGACUUUUCAGGUAAAAGAGACAGUCAUGUGGCAGAUAGAUCUAAUACUUAUUCAGUUCAUGCCUCGGAUCACAGCGUGGAGGUGAUUUCGGACAUCACAUAUCAGAAAGGAGCUUCUGCACUUGAUCUGUUAGCUUCUGUAUAUGGAGAUUUAUCGGACUCCGAUGAUGAAGUUUUAGAUGAUUCCGAAAAUCAAACAUCUGCCCAGAAUUCCGAGUGUACAGCCGGUUCAAAUGAUUUGAAGGGACAGAAAGUUGCAGCUGAGGACAAAAGCCAACUGAAAUUGGAGUUCGCUGAAGGGAUUCAGUCAGAAAAUUCAAAAUCCACUGGGGAGAAGGAACUGGCAAUUUCUCGUAGUUCAAUGAAGUUUGUAGAGGAACCAAUAAGAAAUAGCUGCAUGGAAUUUGGUGGUAGUAGUGAUAAAAUGGGGACUCCUAAUGUUCCCCAUGAUCUCUGCUCUGAUUCAGCUGAUGCAGCUGGAGCUGCUACUAUUACGAGGGAGGUAAGAUGCUUCAGUGCAAAGUUGAAGAACUCGACAACACCAGCAGUGAGGUCUGAUAAAGAUUCAUCAAGGAUGCAUGUAUUCUGUCUUGAGCAUGCUAUUGAGGUUGAGAGGCAACUUCAGCCUGUUGGUGGCGUGCAUAUUAUGCUUUUGUGUCAUCCGGAUUAUCCCAAGAUUGAAGCAGCAGCAAAAGCAUUGGCCAAAGAACUUGAGAUUGAUCAUGAUUGGAAGGAUAUUCAUUUCAGGGAGGCUAGGAAAGAAGAUCAGCAAAUUAUCCGAGCAGCUUUGGAGGAUGAGGAAGCCAUACCCGCGAACUGCGAUUGGGCAGUUAAAAUGGGCAUCAACCUCUAUUACAGCGCCAACCUCAGCAAGUCUCCUCUCUACAGCAAGCAGAUGCCAUACAAUGCAGUCAUAUACAAAGCAUUCGGUCGCAAUUCUCCUAAUCACUCCCCAAUGAAGCUGAAGGCUUCUGGUGGGAGAAGAGCAGGGAGGCAGAAGAAAAUAGCUGUUGCUGGGAGGUGGUGUGGAAAAGUUUGGAUGGCGAACCAAGUCCAUCCCUUCUUAGCUUGCAGAAACAGAGAAGCUGAUGAUGCGGAAUUUGUAGAGAGCCUUUGCUCCAGAAAAGUUGAUCGGAAGCCUGAGUUUGAUCCAGAUACUGAUCAUGGCGGAAGAGUAGCACCUUCCACAAGGAAAGGUAACAAUGCAUCGACUGCAAGAAAAUUGGGAAGGAAAAGGAAAAAGAAACCUUUAAAGAAAACAAAUACAAAAAGACCUAGGAAUAGUAAAGAGGGCACCUCUAGAACAAUGGACAAUGUAGCUGAACCUGCCAUAUCACUAUGUGGAAGGGUUCUCAGGAGUAGUCGCACUAAGCGCCCUGAGAAGCUGAAACAGAACAGCUUGAAGUGUAAAGAUGAAUUGGAAGAUGGAACUCGACCCCCCAUAAAGAAGCAUCCUUCAAGAUCUGACAAAAAUAAGCCAGUAAGGAAGCAAAUUAUGAAGAAGAAAACAAAGAAGAACGAGGCUCCAAGUCACAUAACUAAAGGUGAUGAAGGGGGAGAGUAUACGUGCGAUAUUGAGGGGUGCUCUAUGACUUUUAGCACAAAGCAAGAUCUGGCAACGCACAAGCGCGACAUAUGCCCAGUUAAAGGAUGCUUGAAGAAGUUCUUCUCGCACAAGUAUCUAGUGCAGCAUCGCAAGGUUCACAUGGACGACCGUCCCCUGGAAUGUCCCUGGAAGGGGUGCAACAGGACGUUCAAGUGGCCAUGGGCGAGGACUGAGCAUAUAAGAGUGCACACUGGGGAUCGGCCCUAUGUGUGUCGAGAACCAGGGUGCGGUCAGACGUUCCGGUUCGUAUCCGAUUUCAGCCGGCACAAGCGCAAGACGGGUCAUUCCGUGAAGAAGAGUAAGAGAUGAGUGGAAUUGCACUCACUUGUUUAUUUGGGUCUUGGAGAAGUUAAGAGGGGUUGUAAAUUGAUUUUCUAAUGCAAUUGCUACUGAUUAGCUGAUUAGGAAGGGUAGGCGUGGGCCCGUGUCGCCUCAUCUUUUUUUUUAUUUGCUUUGUUGAAUCAGUGUAAUCUGUCUGUUACCUAGGUUUCAUUGGGCCCAAACUUGUUAUACUUCCAUCUAUUAGGUAGAUAAUUUGUGUUAGAUAUAUUGAUUUUCUGGUAAAUUUCUUUUCUCCGUUAUUGUUGGAUAUUA